CUCAGGUCUGAAACUUCUGAAAGUAUUGAUUAUUAGAUUCAGUUCAGUUCAGUUUGAUUCUGGAAUCUGAAUUCUGAUUGAACAACUGAUAUCUCUAAAGACAAAGUUCACAUUUUAUUUUAUCAAAUAAAUUAUAUUUAUUCUUUUUUCUGUUGUUCGUUUAUAAAACUGCAUUUUUUAUCGUUUAACGAUCGUAUGAAACUCUAUAGAGUAUUCGUUUAAUUUUUUUUUCAAUAUAUAAUUUAACUUCAUAAUGCAACCGGCUACAGAAAUAUUAUCCUUUAUGGAUUUACUUGAUUUAGAUGAAGACAUAAUAGAUGAUAGAGCGAAAAAUAUAAUGGAUCGAAGUACAUUUACGAAUGAACAUCUAUCGAAUUUCAUUAAUUUGCUGCAGUAUAAGCAGUUAAUCAAUACACGUGAAAAGAGUGAGUGUAAUAAUGAUGAGGAAUAUAAUUUUGUCGCAAAACUUAUACUCAAUGCGAACGAAGAUAACGUCGAAAUCAUUUGUAAAAUUAUAGAAAUGGUACUAAUGUUACACCCUAGUAGUAUUAUAAAUAAAUCAGAACAUCUGUUACAACAAAUAGUCGCAGAUGUGUAUCUACCAUCUCCAAAAGUAACAUUGACAACUGACAAUGAAAAUGAAAACCUCCAAACUACACUGCUACAAUUAAAAAUUUGCGUGAGCAUUUUAGAUGCAGUCAUACUCAGCAACAGCAAGCUUAUGUUGCCGUUUCUUGAUAUUCCUUUAGAAAACAUCAUUUUUAGUAAAAAUGAUAAGUUACGAGUAUAUUUCCUCACACAUGCUGUGCCACAAUUUUUUGAGGGCAUCACAGGGUACAACAUUCUUGACAGAAUAUGGAACUCUCUAAGACAAUUUAAAGAAAAUGUAGGUGAGAUUGCAUUGCAAGUGCUAUGUUGCCUUUCCAAUUAUUAUCUACCAGUUGCAGAUAAAUCAAACAAAAACAUUAUCGAAUCUGAUGUAAUUACUCAUAGCGAAUUUUGGGAUUUUGUCCUCUCAGGACUAUUAAAUAAAGAUGUAGAUAAUACACAAAGGAAAAAAUCAAUAUAUUUAGCUAAAAGAGCAAUUGAUUGUGCAUUUAUUAGCGAAAAAAAUAUCAACAUAAGAACUACAACUACAUUUAUUUGGGAUAGAAAAAAUAAAAUUACCCUAAAGAAUAUCUGGGAUAAUUAUUUUAUAUUAAUAGACAGCUUAGAAGAGAAACAGAGCAAUAUUGUUUUGCCAUCUUUGAAAUUAUUUGAUACUGUUAAAGGUAUUGGUAAUUGUUGGUUGAACUGUGCAUUUUACAUUGGCUUGCGUCAUGAUAAUGCCCAGGUGCGAUAUCAAUGUUUACAGUAUCGCAUGCGAUUGAAAAUUGCUAGCGAAUUGGAAGCUGUGUCUAUAUUUGAUGCCAUUAAUGAUAUAAAUUUAUUUGAAAAUUACUCUGAUUAUGAGACUCUCGAAAUGGAAUUAAAAAAUACUUUAAAUGAUACUGAUUCAUUAAUAAGUGUACUUAAAGGUGCUCCGUUGAUAAAAUGGUCUCCUGUACCUUUAUAUAAUUUGACGACUACCCUAUCUGAAGUCUGUUAUGAAGGAUUAUUAGAUAUUGAUUGUUCGAAUCUAAUGGAAAUGAUAGUCAAUAUAUUAAAAAUACCUUGCAACAAUAUAGUAAUAAGAAAAGCCAUUCAAGUCAAUAUGUCAUAUUUUAUUGGAAAUAAUUGUUGUCAGUUCACAUGGAAGGAAUAUAUGAAUAUAUAUCCACACUUAUAUUUGGACUUUGCAACAAAUAAUCCAUUAGCCGAGUUCAUUAAAAAUAAACUUAUCAUACCUGAUAUGAAACAGUUUUUGCAACUGCUACCAUUUUCACACAUGAAUAUAGACUUUGCUGUGACAUACUUCGAAGGUCAUGAUAAUACUGAUUUCAUUAAAUUGAUAACUGGUAUAGUUAAAAACAUAAAGGAUAUAAACUACAGACAAUAUUCUAACAAAAAUGAAUGCUUAAAUGAUGUAAUUUUCAUAGUGCAACUUUAUAAGAAAGCUAUAAAAUAUAAGUGUGCACUUUAUGAAAAAUUGGAUGACUGUGCACCGGCAACAUUAGAAAUAUUAUUACAAUAUGUUGCAACUUUACUCAUUAACGAUAUCACAUUUGAUAUUGAAAAGAUUACCCUGCUCUUUGAAGGCUUGGAUUGUAUGAGUUUACAUAUUAAUACCACUAAUGAAAAUGAUUACUUAAUUAAAUUGUAUAAAUCUACAAUACUGAUUCUAAAUAGCACUAUUUCUGAUUUAACCAAGAAAUCUCUAAGUAUAUUUAUUCUUAAUACAUGCUUGAAGGCACGUUUUUUGGUAGAAAAAUAUGAUCAGGAAGUACUGGAUGUAGAUACAUUCAUAAACAUGGUAAAAGAUGUGAAAUUCAAUGAAAGUAUACACAAAGAGAAUAGUGGCCGAUUACGAAAUCUAUUUUAUGAGAAAUCCUGUGAAAUAGUCCACUUUCUAUUGAGCGACACAUAUUAUAAGAUCAAUAGUGACAUUUUAGAUUAUAUUUACAAUGUAUUAGAUAGCGGAGGCUAUGGAUGCUUAAAAUGGAUACUUAAGAUAGUAAACAAAAUACUUCCGUCAAUAAUAAAUAACAAAGAUAUUAAAUUCAAUGUAACGGAAUUUUUGAACACGAUAUGGAAAGAAAUCGAAGAAUUAAAAUCUAAUGGUCAGUAUAUGAAAUGCAUUCAAGAAUUUGUCAUCAUAAUUACACAGGAUGCGUUACUAGUGCGACCAGAAUACAACAACGUUGUUGUUUUGUAUUCUAACAAAAUAUUGGAGUAUGCUGCUAUUAAGAAUACACCGUUGUACUGCUUAGUAAAGCAAAUGAAUGAAAUUAACGUAUCUGCAUAUAGUCAAAUGAUCUAUGUGCUGUGUGAAAUUCUAGUCUAUGGUUUUGUACCAAAGAAAGAUCACAGAAUUGCUGAGAGUGUAUCUGUUGAAAUAUUACAAGACAAAAAAUAUGGUGUGAAUAAAGAAGGACUCAUUUUUAAUUCUCAUAUAAAAGUGCUGGCAGUGUCAAUACUAAGUAAAAUUGACAAUCCAGAGAUUCUUAACACAGUAACGUGUUUUAUAAUAAAAAAAGUAGAGGAUUUAUUCAAAAAUAAGCAACGUUACUACGGCAACUCUCUUCACGAUCGAUCAUUACAAGCUGCUGUGCAAAGCUUGAUUUUCAUCUUUUUUAAAUCCAGAAAAGUUAAUUUGGAUAGUGUUUUGACAUGGGCCCUUAAUUUCUUGGGGAAAAUACCUCACCAACCACUUGUAAAAACAUACUUUGAGUGGUACAUUGCUUUGGUUUAUUAUUAUAAGGGUAACAUCAUAAAUGGAAAUGUUCUUAACGAAUUAAAAGAAAAUAACGUGCCUAUUCAAUCGCAAUUUAUUAUAUUGUAUUGGGUUGUAACGCACAAAUUCAAACUUAGUUGUUGCCGAAACGAGGAAUUUGAAUGCGUUAUGGAUUUCUUCCUAGCGAAUAUAAUGGGCCCUAUCUAUAGUACACGAUUGUACGCUCAGUAUUUAUCAACCAGACUUUUUGAGACGGCUAGUUUGUCGAGUACUACUUUAGAUUGCGACAAAUAUGCAUACAGUGUAGAUGUUAUAACCAAAACUCUACAAGAGGCCGAAAAAGCAAAGGACAAAAGUUAUACGAAACUCAUUAAUGAUUAUUUCGUUCAUAUUUUUGAUAUAGUCGAAGAUUUAACGCCAUUUGCUAUAUAUUGGGGUGUGCCGCAAAUGUACGAUGGUUUCAAUGAUAUUAUUGAGACCGAUUUCUUGGCAAAUUAUCUUGGAGACAUAAGUGAAUGUAUAACCGGUGAACCAGAUGAUAAAUUAUUCAAAGAAUGGAAAGAGAAACAUAAGUAUAAUUGGUUUAAAAAACGAUCAAAUCGAACUCAAGAGCAAAAUAGGUUGUAUGAUAAUUUGGAAGAAGCUCAAACCAUUCAAAAGAAAUAUGUGCCAUGGAAGAACAUGAUCGAUAUAGACGUUUAUACUAGUGAGAAAAAAAAAAAUAAAAGUGAUCUUAUUGUGGUGGCUUCGCUUAUCGAUAAACUACCAAACCUUGGAGGAAUGGCUAGAACCAGUGAGGUAUUCGGUGUCCAGACUUAUGUAGUGGACAACAAGAGGCAUUUGCAAGACAAACAGUUCCAAGGAUUGAGUGUAUCGGCAGAACGAUGGAUUAACGUUGAAGAAGUGCGUCCCGGGCAGGCUUUGAAGGAAUACCUGAUGAAGAAGAAGGCUGAAGGCUAUUCUAUCGUGGCAGCUGAACAGACUUCCAGCAGCACACCAUUACAAAAAUUUAAAUUUCCGAAGAAAACUCUUCUCUUACUUGGACAUGAAAAAGAAGGCAUACCAUGUGACUUGCUGCCCUUAAUGGAGCAUUGUGUGGAAAUACCGCAGCAAGGAGUCAUUCGAUCUCUGAAUGUGCACGUUACUGCUGCUAUAUUCGUUUGGGAGUAUGCUCGGCAGAAUAUGUUAUAAAUUCAUAUACAAAUAUCUCGUCAAUUCCUUAUAAGAAUAUUAUUACCCCUGUAUACACCCGUACACCCCUGAAUAUGUGUCUACAAGGGUUGGUCCAAAAGUAAUAAUUUAUAUGUAAUGACUAUCUCGACUAGUUUGUCAACUUUGGCAAUCUGUUACUGUUUUAACCAAGUCAACAUCUAUAUCUGCAGCAGUUAUUUAUUCGAACACAGAUAUUUUCAGCCACACUUAAGAGUUUUUAAAUCGUUUCAUUUCACGGUUGAUUAUCCUCAAAAAUCAUUAAAUUUAAAUAUAUUUACUUGCAAUGCCGUCUUUUAACUUUUUAGUUUAAUGGAAAAAAAGGCCGAAAAUGUUAUAUUUUAUUUAAAUAAUAAUAGCUGUUCUGGUUAAUCAUUGCGUUUAAAGUAUCAGUAAAAAAAAAAUCAUAUAAAUUACUAUAUAAGUUAUGUGAACACUAUGUUCAAAAAGCCGGUUUACCGUGACUGAACUUUUCUUUUAUCUCACUGGAUUGUUAUGUGGACGUGUUACGUGUUUUACCCACGUGGAAGUAGUGAGUUCCAUAUACCCUUGUAUGUGGAACACACCGGUUCACC